CUCUUCUUGCCCUGUCCACACAUAAUCAUUCUAAACCAUGGCUGGAAAGACCUUGGGCCGAUCAUCGGGGUCCCUCAAUGCUCCCAUAGCCGCCUUCACCAUGGCGGUCAUCCUCUGCUCUUACUGCAUCAGCUCCAUUCACACUGCCCGUCGCGAAGCACAGUCUUCCCCCCCCGUCACUAGCACCACCACCACCACCACUCGUCCCAAGCGAACGGACGUCCAACAAACUUGGGUUCAGCAGGCAUUGGAAGAAAGCAGGGGCUCCGAGCGAGGGAAGCGGGAUUCGAACUAAGUAGGGUGCUACAUAUGCAGCUUACUCGGAUUGAUGGGAGAUACGGGCUACACAGCUGGCUGGUUGGCCUUUGUCUUUCUUGUAGAUAUAUUGUGCAAUUGUAUUGUUGCUAUUUGAUGGGCAUGGGGACACUACAUGUGUUCAAUCCCGCUACCCUCGGGGUAAGCAGAAAUGGUGACAACUUGAAGACCAAGAGCAAGAAAUCCAGAAGACUCAAUUACCAGCAGUGGAGCCAAGCGAAGCCGACAUCAGAAAGCAACAUAUCCAUGAGUCAGAAUUUUCAGUGUAUGAAUAGUCAUAUCCCGGGUUU